UCAACGGUUACCACAGGAAACGGAAGAGAACGACAGACAGAAGUCAUUUCAAAACCCCGGGGCCGAGCAGAAGAAUCACUCUCCGUGCGUUUGCUGCGUUCUCCUCCUCCAAAACCCACAUCAGCCUCUCCUUACCUCUCCCGCUGGCUCUUUCUUCUCCUCGUUUCUCUGUUCGUGGCAAACAGCCCCCACCCUGACCUCCAGGAGAAGAUCUCUUUAGCAAAAAAAGAGGAGAUGCCCCCGCAGCCACAGGUGAAGAGAAGUUUCCUGGAAUUCCUCAAGAGCUUUAUCGGGAUUGUACGGGUCCUCCAGAUCCUUCUGGGAGCCGGGCUUUGGGUCACCAUCGCAGCCAACAAGUAUGAGGGCUCCAUUCACUAUGUGCUGUUCGUGGCCGUGCUUUUCUGGUUCCUCACGUUAGCCAUCUUCAUCCUCACGCUUCUGGACAAGCAGGACCUCGUUCCCAUCCUCGGAGGAGAACGCUGGUUGUUAAGCAACAUCAUCCACGACGUUGCCGCCGCUCUGCUGUUCCUGUCCACCGUUUGGAUCAUGUUCUACAAAACCAAAAAGUACGACUACUGCACCCUGGACGUCUACAAACAUAACUGCCUGUACAAUGUCUACCUCACCGCCGCCGUCUUCGCCUGCUUCACCGCCGCCGUCUAUCUGCUCUCCGCCGUCUACGGCAGUUGCAGGAAAUGUAGAGGAGAGCGGACGGUCGUGUGAAAACCGACAUUUUGGAAAGUUUAUGGUGACUUACAAAUCUUUUUUUUAUCAAAGCAGAGGCUUGAUCCUCUCGCCUCAGGCUUUCAGGUUUGUUUGUUGCUUUUAAUACAGUACUGCCAAACAUAGUCUAUUUUACACUUGUGUUUAUGUUGCCGGAGCUCUAUAUAGAAGUAGUUUUAUUUUUGCGUAUUGUAUAACUGACAACUCAAAGAGCAGUUCGUUGCUUGACGAAACCAUAUUCUUCACGUUUUGUUCUUUUUAAACCUUUUUGAUAUGACUGAACGGGGCUCUGCUUCACACCGGUGUCUUUCAUCAAGUUUGUAUGUGUACUCGACUGUUUGACAAUCCACAUCAAAGAUCUCCACUCGGUCUGCUUUGAAAGAGAGACAAUAUUUAAGGCAGACAAUCAUGGUUUCGGAAUGAAGUGUGAUAUGUGGCUGUUGGCGAACGGUUAAUAAAUAAGAAUGAAAUCAAGCACA